AUGGUAAACAAGGCUAUUGUCAAGAACGUGUUGUCAGGCGACACUGUCAUUCUACGAGGUAAACCUAGACCCAACGGUCCUCCCGCUGAACGCCUCUUGGCCCUGUCACACGUCCAAGCUCCUAGACUCGGUAACACUACUCGCUCUGAUGAGCCUUUUGGUUUCGGUGCUCGUGAAUUCCUGAGAAAAUUAGUGGUUGGCAAAGAGGUUUCUUUUGUAUCAGAGUACACUAUUCCUACCACACAACGCGAAUACGGUAGCAUUUACCUUGCCAACGGCGAUAAUGUUGCUGAAUUAGGUGUGAAAGCAGGUUGGCUAAAGUUACGAGAAGGCAAGACGACUCGCCAAGAUCAAGAAGAACAGCUCGAAAAGCUCGAGCAAUUACAACAAGAAGCUCAAGAUGCUAAAGUUGGUAUUUGGAGUGAAACAGAAAAGGGCAUUCGUGAAAUUUCAUUCAAUUUUGAUGGUGAUGGCCGUACCUUUUUGAACAAGUACAAGGGAAAGCCAUUAGAUGCUGUUAUUGAGCAAGUCCGUGAUGGUUCUACUUUCCGUGUUCUUUUGAUUUUGCCUGAUGGAACACAACAAUUUGUCACUUUAUUUUUGUCAGGCAUCAAAGCACCCGCCUGUAAGCGCGAUAAUGAUGAAACCUCUACUUCUGAACCUUUCGGAGAAGAAUGCAAGUUUUUUGUCGAAUCCCGUCUUUUACAACGUGGUGUCAAGGUGAUUUUAGAAGGUCUUGCUCAGUCAGGUGGACAGAAUUUCGUUGGUUCUAUUCAGCAUCCUGCAGGUAACAUUGCCGAACUUUUAUUGGCUCAAGGCCUUGCCAAAUGUGUUGAUUGGUCAAUCACUCUGACUACAAGUGGCCCUACACCUUUAAGAAAUGCUGAAAAGUCAGCUAAGGAAAAAAGGCUUCGUCUUUGGCGCGAUUUUGUUUCCAAGAAGGUAGACUCAUCUUUCAACGAUUUUGACGCUACUGUUGUUCGUAUUCUUACUGGUGAUACUCUUCUUGUAAAGACUAAGAACGGUGGUGUUGAAAAGAAGAUCCAAUUGGCUAGUGUCAAGCAAGCUCCUCGUGGUGCUGGCUCUUCUGCUCCUAACUCCAAGUCUAGAGACGCCAAAGAAGUUGGCUAUCAAUUUGAAGCAAGAGAAUUCUUGAGAAAGAAAUUGAUUGGCAAGCAAGUCCAUGUCACUAUUGACUAUCAUAAACCUGCCCAAGAUGGUUUCGAAGCCAAGGAUUGUGCUACUGUCACUGUUGGAAGUCAAAACGUAGCUGAACAAUUGAUUGUUCGUGGUUUAGCCACUGUGAUUCGUCAUCGUAAGGACGACGACGAUCGUUCUCGCUGUUACGACCAAUUGUUGGUCGCCGAAAAGAAGGCCCAAGAAGAGCAAAAGGGCGUCCACAGCCCCAAAGAUCCUCCUGUUGUCCGUAUUGUUGAUGCAUCCGAAAACGCUGCUAAAUCUCGUCAAUUUUUAACUUUCUUGAAGCGUUCUGGAAAAAUUCCUGCUGUUGUUGAAUUCGUUGCUAACGGUUCUCGUUUGUUUGUCUGGGUUCCCAAAGAAAACUGCCGCUUGUCCUUCGUUUUGUCUGGUGUUCGUGCUCCUCGUGUAGGUCGUACUCCUCAAGACAAAUCGGAGCCUUUUGGUCAAGAAGCUUUAGAGUUUGUUUCUCAAAAAUGCCUUCAACAUGACGUUGAAAUCGAAGUUGAAAAUGUUGACAAGGUUGGCAGCUUCGUUGGUAGUUUGUUUGUCAAUGGAGAAAAUUUGGCUGUCGCAUUAUUGGCUAAGGGUUUAGCUAAUAUUCAUGAAUAUUCUGCUGAUGAAUCUCAUUAUGUCAACCAACUCUAUGGUGCUGAACGUGAAGCUAAAAGUGAGAAGAAAGGUAUUUGGGCAGACUACACAGAAGAGACUACUCAAAAUGAGCAACAAGAUGCUGCUGCUGGCCCUAACCGCGAAUACAUUGACGUUGUUGUGUCUGAUAUUAUCAGUGGCUCUCACUUCUAUGUACAAAAAAUCACUGAUGAAAUUCCCAAGUUGGAGAGAUUAAUGACUGAACUUGGUCAAUACCAAAACAGUCGCCCUGCUGAUCCUGCUUUCAAGCCUCGCGUAGGUGAAAACGUCAGUGCUAAAUUUACUGAAGACAAUUGCUGGUAUAGAGGCAGAGUACGUCGUGUUUCUCACGAAGGCAUUGAAGUGUUGUAUAUUGAUUAUGGUAACUCUGAAACCUUACCACUCUCCCGCGUCCGCACUUUGCCUGAAAACUUUAAGCAACUUAAGGCACAAGCUCAUGAAGCUACUUUGUCUUUUGUUAAAUCACCUGAGCGCGAUCAGGAUUAUGGUAUUGAAGCUGUUGAACGCUUCAGAGACUUGACUGCCAAUAAGCAACUGGUUGCUAAUGUAGAUGCAAGAGAAGGUAAUGUCCUUUGCUUGACUCUUUAUGAUUUCCGCAAAUCUACUAGUGCUGAAGCUAGUAUUAAUUUGGAUAUGGUGCAAGAUGGUCAAGCUGUCGUAACACCUAAAGUGCGCUAUGCUCGUGGUAACGAAUCUAUUAUCAAGACACUUGAGGAGGCUCAACAAGAAGCUAUCAGACGCAGACUUGGUAUGUUUGAAUACGGUGAUAUCACUGGCAAUGACGAUGUCACAAGCACAUAUUAUUAGAAAGAUUAUCCAUUGUAAUAUAUAUAUCCUUCAGAAUAAAUAGUAAAAGUA